AAUCAAACAAUCUCAAAUCUCACUUUCUCAAGUGGGGAAAAAAGAGAAGAGAGAAAGAGCCCUUCACAAACUGGAAUGAUCCUCUUCCUUUUGCUCGCCAGCAGAUCAAACCAAACUUGAGCAGCACUGCAGCAGCAACAAUGUCUUCUUCAACACCAAGAAGACGCCCAAAAUCAUCUCCCAUAAACCCUAAUUCCAAAUCAAUCCCAAAUUACUCUCAAUCUCCUACCUCUUCUUCGACGCUUACUUCAUUACUUGCAGAAAUUGAACCUCCCCCUAAUUUACUUCCUUCAAAAUCCGAUUUUCUCAAGCUCAUUGUUAUCAUCACAAUUGCUGCUUUUGUUGCCGUUUUCUGCAACUUCUUAUCCAGCUUCAUCAAUCGCCCCUCUUUGCCUUUCUGCGAUUCCGACGUCGGAGAGUACGAUGUUUCAUUGCUCGAUACAUGUGAGCCUUGUCCAAAUAAUGGAAGGUGUUACAAGGGCCAGUUGGAAUGCAUUCAAGGAUAUAGGAGGUAUGGAAAAUCAUGCAUUGAAGAUGGAGAUAUCUAUGAAGCAGCUAAGAAACUUUCAGUAUGGGCAAAAGAUCAUCUGUGUGAAGCACAUGCACAUUAUAUAUGUGAUGGAACUGGGACAAUUUGGGUGUCCGAGGACAAGUUAAAGAACAUGCUGGACAAAGGAUUCCAAGGUUCUACUGCAUAUGAUAUUAAGUAUCUGUAUGCAAAAGAAAAAGCAUUGGAGGACAUUAGUGGACUGUUGGAUACAAGAACCAUUGGCAACAGGGUCAAAGAGUUUAAGUGUCCUGUCAAAUUAGCUGAAAGUUACAAAUCAAUGACUUGUCGUGCUCGGCAAUGGGUAGCUAAGAAUCUUUUACUUCUCAUGGCAGUAUUUGUACUGCUUGCAGGAUCUACAUUGUUGCUGUUGAGAAUUAGAAGAAGAUGGUAUUUGACAAAAAGAGCAGAACAUCUUUACCAUCAGGUUUGUGACACACUUGAGGACAAUGCUAUAAUGUCUAGAAGCAUGGGUGACAGAGAACCCUGGUUAAUUGCCUCAAGGCUCCGAGAUCAUAUACUUAGUCCCAAGGAAAGAAGAGAUCCUUUUCUAUGGAAGAUGGUUGAAAAUUUGGUGGAGUCGGAUUCUCGUUUGGACCGCUAUCCAAAGCUUGUGAAGGGUGAAUCAAAGGUGGUGUGGGAAUGGCAAGUGGAAGGUUCUUUGAGUUCUUCAAGGAAAAAGAAGGUGGUUAUCGGCAGUGUGAAUAAUGGUGCAGCUAUGAAUAAAUCAUGUGGCUAAAAACAUCAAGUUGGUGAGAUACAGAGUAUGAUCAUUUGGAGAUUCAACGUUUUGACAAGUUAUCUAUUGAUUUCCAGUUUUGGAUUAUGAUGAUUGAAGUAAAUGUUAGUACACUUCUGUCCUCUACUCGUAUGUGUGAAGUUACUCUGUAUCAUGCAAUUGAGACAACUUUGUAGUUGCAUUUGGAAGACUAGGCACAUGUCCACAAAAGCCCCAAGAGGCCCUUAGAAGUUUGUAUCAGAACGUCCAUGUUACCAGAAGAAAAUUGUGUUGUAUUAGUUAUGCUGGAGACGAUUGAGGGGAAAAUUUAGCCAUUGUCAGGGGCUUGUUUCAACUUUCAACAGCUACAUCUUGUUAUAACUGAUUGCUGUACAUCUACAUCCCUUUUCUAACGCUAUUUUUGAGCAGCAACUGGCCAAGAAGCAUUUUUUUCCUAGCAGGCAGUGUUUCUGGUCUUCAGUUGGUAGUUUUGGUCAUAAAGCUGAUUAACUCUGGAAGAUAGCUAAGACAGAAUUAAGUUAGAAUUCUACGGAGUACAAAAUUGCAGACGUACACACCAUAAAGCCCACGAUCCCCCUGGAAACAGUAUCAAUCUAGCAAGGAAACAUCAUAAAUUUUUCAUUUGUGUGGAAUACCUCUCAUGUAUCAAUCUUGUAAUUACCUCGUAUAUUUAUAUUUUCAUUUCAUUUUACAUAAGAAAUUUGUUGGGAAGCUUGCGCUGUUUUCAUAAUUUGUGCUUGUAGCAUCUCAUUGACAUUCUUGAGUGGAAUGGGAUGCUAUUUGCCGACGUAUAUUGCAUGUCGCAUCUUAUAAAUGAGAUUUUGUAGUCCUACGAAUCUGUUGAUUGUGUUCAGUAAGCAGUGGAAUGGUCUCCACAUUGUGCUGUCAAUGUACAUGUAUCUGGUGUCUAUAAUAAUAUAAA